GAUUCAGCUAUUAAGUUGAAUUUUAUCAAUACGAAGCUCGGCAAAAAGCAGAAGCAAAACCGCACUCUGCCAUAUUGGGCACGUGCUCGUACCGACAACCGUAUCCGGUACAAUGCGAAGAGGCGCCAUUGGCGGAGAACCAAGCUAAAGUUGUAA